ACGGCACGUUUUUCCUCCUAAUUCGAUCGAAUUUAUUUCGUGCGUUCGACUCCAAUUGUGUAUUUUGAAAACAUAUUUUUCUGUCGUCUGCAUAGGUAGAGUGCCCUAGAUUCACUUGCUGCUGCUCGUUCGUACACUCAGUAUUUCCCAACUGAAUACACCUACUUAUAUUUGCUCGCACAAGCAGAGAAAAAUCAUGAUCGUUUUGUUGUAUUAAUCAUUUCGAGGCAUUUCUCAUCCGAGGAAAAAAACUGUUGAGCAUUCAAUUAUUGUAACGCAAACCAGUUGAUACUUCGAAACCGUAUAAGUAGUGAUUUCUUUUUUACUUAAAUUGGAUUGCGGAUGUUGUGUGUAUCAUCACAAAUAUAGGCAACUUUAAACAAUGGACAGUUCAGAAUAUGAAAAUGCUAGGAAUAGUACUUUGCUUUUUUUCCUGGAACGUCUUAUGGAUAAAGGCGGUCCCAGAUCUUUGCAUGAUUUGAGUUGUCAAUUUGGGGCAAAAGGAUUUACCAAAGAAAUGAGACAAAUAGCUGGUGGUUCUCAAAGUGGCCUAAAAAAAUUCUUAGCUCAGUAUCCAUUUUUAUUUAUAAUAAAUGGAGACUAUGUAUGUGUAAAUACAUUUCAAUCAACAGUUGAAGAAAAUAGUAGUCAGUACAAAAAACGAGAUUAUGCUGUAGAAGCUGUUGAAUAUUUUUCUGACAAACUAAAGCAAUAUGGUGUAGGAACGGAAGUACCUAUCAAAAGCUUACUAGGUCAUAGAUCUCAGGCUUCGCCAGAAGUAAGACAUAUAUCUGGUCAACACUUUCGAGAAUUUAAAGACUUUUUAUUAAAGUAUCCAGAUGCUUUUGUUGUUAACAAUGAUAAUGUUAUAUUGAAGCAGUAUGAAGGCAUGAAAGCAGAACCUUUCAAAGAAUUAGAACCUGAAGAAGAUUUUGAUCCAGCCAUCACAUCUAGACUCCUAAGUUUUUUAGAAUUUUGUAUAACUCAACAAAAAAUUAGUGCAUUAGAUCAAUUAUUUCAUAUUGUCAUCAAAGAUUUUUCUGAAGGAACAGAAAUGUUCCAUACUUUGCAAGACUUUACAACAUUCUUAAAGAUGUCUCCAGAUACUUUUCAUGUUCAACAAAAUGUGGUUACUUUUAUAGGUAAACCAAAACCCAUAGAAGAAACAAAGAAACAGAAUAGUUAUGAAAAUAACAAUUACAAUAAAAAAAGCAAUCUUGAUGAGUUUGAUAAACCUGCUAAUGCUAGAAUAGUUUCACGUAGACAGAACAAUAGUCCUCUUAAUGAUCGUCAAACCAUUUCUGGGGACAGUUCUAAUGUUCAAAACAAUGAAUCAAAAGUUACUUCAUCUGCACCCAUAAAUUUGCAACAGCAAACUUUGAAGCAGCGAAUAAAUACUUUAUUAAUCAAAACUCUAGCUGACAAUAAUAAAGAAGAAAGAGGAGUGCAAAAAGCUGUGAUAACUGAAGCCAUGAAAUCUCGAGUCACACAAAGUACUAAAAUUGUUUUAAGUUUGAACGAUGGUAAACAGAUAGUCAAUGAAAUAAUGCAUUCGAAAAAAUACAACGGCAAAAUUGUUAUCUCUGUGGCAUUUGAAGGAGUUAACGUAGGGCCUAAUGGAAAAAUAACUCUUUUACAAAUUGGUUCAAUGACAGGACAAGCAUAUAUUUUUGACUUGCAUAGUAGUCCUAAUCUUCUUCAAUGUGGGCUACAGUAUUUAUUGGAAAAUGAAAAUGUAUUAAAAGUAGUUCAUGAUUGCAAAAAUCCAAGCGCUACUCUCUUUAACCAGUUUGGCAUAACUUUGGCUGGUAUUUUUGAUACACAGGCAGCACAUUGCGUGAUAGAAUGUCAAAAUACUGGUAAACCUGUUUACAAAGUAAAAAAUAUCACUCUUAAUAAUUUAUGCGACAUGUAUGGAGCUCCGCGAAAUGUUUUUAAGGAAUCACUUAGAAAUCUGUAUAAAAAGGAACCACGUUAUUGGGGAAAAAGGCCAUUAACUCGAGAUAUGAUAGUUUACGCGUGUUCAGACGUUAACAGUCUCGUACCCAUCAUUUACGAAGCAAUGUCAAAAGUUAUUAAACCAGAAUACCAGGAGCUUUUGCAAGAGUUAUGCGAAGAACAAAUACUAGCGCACAUUAGGCCUGAUGAUGUUAAGCUUAGAAAAAAAAGAAGAAAAACAGAGACUGAGGUUGCUGAUUUACGAAAAAAAAUGAACGAAUGCAUUGGAAAGAAUAUGGUUCUCAGUAAUCGAGAGAUCCGUUUGCUUAGACAUUUAGAUCUAUCGAAUGAAGAGAAAGAAAAAUUAAAAGGUAGUUACAAAGUAGCGAGAAAACUCGAAAAAUUAGAAGGUUCGAGUGUGGAUAAAAGUAACAGCAGCGACGAAGAUGACAAUGGAUCUUGCAAAAAUGAAGAUGCUGAAUAUCAGAGUUUGGAAAGCUAUAAUUCUGAUAAUGGUUGUUUUGGUUUAUCACGUAGUUCGGAGCCACCAAGUCUAACGGAAUCCAUGCAAAUGGUAGACGAAAUUUUAGCCGACAAUCAGAUGGACGGUUACGAGAAAAUUGAACGUCUCGAAGCCAUUCUAUCAGCAGCUACAGGAUCAACGUCAAACGAAGUCGACGAAAGUAGUAGUAGAUCCACGCCUAGCAGAUGCUCCUGUGCGUGCCAAGGCUCGAAACGCUCUUCACCAUCGGAACCUAAAGUAAAUCGUAAAGAGUCAUCUAGCCAAACUAUCAGCACUGGUGAUAUAGUCAUUACGAGAAUAUAUUAUACUGAAGAAGAGGAAGAACGUGAGAGACUGCUUCAGAAGCCAAAAAACAAGCAGUUUUAUAAUUCCUGAAGUUUUUUGUUAAUUUUUAUUUUAAAAUCCAUAAUUUAAUUUAAAAAAAAUUAAUAAUGCAAUAAUCAACAAGACCCAUGUCAGAGUGCAAUAUUGGACGAAUAUCUCUAUCAUAAAUAUUAUACACUUGAUAAAAUGUGUUGCGCAAAACACAUUAAUUUGCCUUAAUAGCAUCUAAUGUCAUCAUACAAGUCAUUUGGUGCCUAAAAAUAAUGUAACUGCCGCAGAAAUGAUACUUUUAUAAUUUUUAUCUAUUAGACGAACAAAGGUACUUUUACCUUGCAAUAUUGAAAAAAAAAUACAAAUAGAAACAAUUAUAAGCAUAAUUAAACUUGACAAGAAAUUUUUCAGACCAACUGUAACUUAUUUUGAAAGUUAGACUAUACGGGCAGUACCUGACUGAGCUCAGGUAGCUUAAUUAACUAUUAUAUGAAGUAUUUUUUUUUUUUUAACAGUGUAUACGUUGUUUUCAUUUUCAUGUUAAUUUAGCAGUUAAAAAAUUCCAAGGAAUAUCCAAAUAUUGUAACAUGGCACUAACAGUGUUUUAUUAUUUAAAGUAAAAUUAAGUGUUGUUAAUGUAUUUAUAAAUAUAUAUAUUUGGCCAUAUGAAGGA